AUGGAAUAUUUCAACCAGCAGUAUGAGAUUGAUGACCCGCAUCUCCUGGCGACAAUGCUUGUGUACAUCACCGUCGGUCGUGACAUUAUCACCGCCCUCAUCGUGGUCUUGGCUCUCCGUUCCGUCAUCGUUGGAGGCACAACGACCUUGACGCUUCGCUACUUCAUGAUACUCUUUGCUCGCCACAUCAUCAUCUAUGCGACCGAGAUUCCCUACAUCAUCCACAAGAAGAGGUGGACCAGCUUCUGCCGCCGGUAUCAACUACCACGCAACGUCGCAAGAUUCGGCACCUUCUCCUACCUCUGUAUGCAGUUCAGCCUAUUUGCCGUCGAGGCCCACCUGUUUCGGCUUUGGCGACAGCAUCAGCUCGAUGGGGGAGCGAAUGUACAGAGCACCGGUGUGGCGUUGGCGGCUAUCAUCACUUCUAUCACCGCCUAUACGGUACGCCAGGCGUACAUCAAGGUGCUCUUCCACUGGGAGCUCAUGCGUAGCAGCCGUCGGGCCAUCAACUGA